AAGACACUAACCUCGUAAUUGAAGUGACAAAAAUUCUUGUAUGCGUAAAUGUUUAGUUUUUUUUUUUUACAGCUGAUACCAGAUUAUCGUGAAGCAGUUGCCCCUGUCAUUUUCUUGUAUCUGGUGUGAAAAGGAAUCUCGUGACGAAAUAAAAAUGAAGAAAAAGGUUUUGCUGAUGGGAAAGAGUGGGUCGGGAAAGACUAGCAUGCGAAGUAUUAUUUUUGCUAAUUACAUCGCGAGAGACACUCGACGUUUAGGAGCUACAAUUGACGUGGAGCACAGCCAUGUACGUUUCCUGGGGAAUCUCGUUCUCAAUCUCUGGGAUUGUGGAGGGCAGGAGGCUUUCAUGGAGAAUUACUUCGCUUCACAGAGGGACAACAUCUUCAGGAAUGUUGAAGUUCUCAUCUAUGUUUUUGAUGUUGAGUCUCGAGAGCUUGAUAAGGAUAUGCACUAUUAUCAGAGUUGUUUGGAGGCAAUUCUGCAGAACAGUCCUGAAGCCAAAAUAUUUUGUCUCGUUCACAAGAUGGAUUUGGUGCAGGAGGAUCAGAGGGAUCUUAUAUUUCGUGAGAGAGAGGAGGACUUGAAGAGACUCAGUCUACCUCUGGAGUGCACAUGCUUCAGGACGAGCAUUUGGGAUGAAACUUUGUACAGAGCUUGGUCUUCUAUUGUUUAUAUGCUCAUUCCAAAUGUCAAAGAGCUGGAGCAGAGUCUCAAUCAGUUUGCCAAUAUAAUCGAUGCUGAUGAAGUGCUGCUCUUCGAACGUGCAACAUUCCUCGUAAUUAGUCAUUGUCAGAGACGUUUCCACAGGGAUGUCCAUCGAUUCGAAAAGGUCUCCAAUAUCAUCAAACAGUUCAAAUUGAGCUGCAGCAAAUUGGCUUCACAAUUUUUGAGCAUGGAAGUGAGAAACACUAAUUUCGCAGCAUUCAUAGAUGUUUUCACGUCGAAUACGUACGUUAUGGUUAUCAUGUCAGACCCUGGAAUUCCCUCUGCCGCAACGCUCAUCAACAUUCGCAAUGCUCGAAAACAUUUUGAAAAACUGGAGCGCGCGAGUCAGAGCUCAGCACUGAGUGGAUAGAACUCAGCAAGACCCAGGCGCAUUGCCCGGGUCCAGAAGCUCAAUUGGCUUUAAAUCAUUUUGUACUCGCAUUCGCAAUCAGUCGUUCCUGGGUGGAAAGCAAUCACUGACUAUUCGAUAUACGUCUGAUCUUUGCACAAUUGCCGAGAGAACAUCAUGGAAUGAAACAACGAUUUACAGUGUUUUGACGUGGAAGGAGGUGAAAUUAUGUUGCCAAGUGGUAUAAUAGGAUAAGUCGAUUUUUCUCGAAGCCAGAUUUAAGGCAAUAUCUCAGAAUUAAAGAAGUAUCAUGAUAUUUUCAUGAAUACCUGUUUUGUAGGUCUCAUCUUUUUCUGUAAAAUUUUUUUUUAAACACCUAUCCUAAUUUACCACUUUGCUACUGAAUUGUGUUGAUGGAAUUAGAGAAUGAGAAAAUCAUAUCGAUGCUAGGGAAUUCCAAGCUAUGUUGCAUCCCUUACCGUUUGUUAAAGUCUAGUCCUCUAAUAAUGGAUUAUAAUAAAUGUACGUUAUCAGAUAGUUUCGAUCGAUUUUCAACUCCGUGAUCCAUUUUUUAUCUAUUCCGUGACAUGAAUUAUUAUUUCUUGGAUAAUUCUCGUAUCAACUGCAAAUGUAUGGAAUUUAUUUUUUAUCAAUCCUCUCGAAUGAAUACGACAAAUGAGAAACUAUUUUCAACGGUGAACAUGUAGUUGUUCCAUUGGAACAGUCAAUAAAGGAGGAAUACCCUAAUUUCGUCAAAA